AUGGUUAUUUUGUUUUAACUGUAGUAAAACAUGGUUAUUUUUCGUAAGGGAACCAACCCCACUUAAAGUUUUGUGUAACUGCUCCGCUCGAGAUUCCGGUGAUCGGUGAUCCACUUCAUGUUUUCCCGUCCGCUCAGCAGCUUUCACAAUCUGUGUCCUCUGUCUGGAGAGCGGAGACGACAGUUUUCGAAGUUCGUUGCAUUAACAGUGCAGUGACUCCUGUCAGCCACCAUCUCAUCCACAAUCCGUGUCAGCCACAAUCCCAAGCGACAAUGAGGUUUGAUAUGGAGAUGUGUUUCAGAAUAUCUCUGAUGUUUCUGCUCAUGACUGCUGAUGUUGAUGGUCAGCAGGUUUGGGUGAAUUACAGCCCUUCAUAUGUUUGUGCAUUAAGAGACUCAACAGUGAGAUUAAAUUGUACUUUAACUCAAUCUGAUAGAUUUUGGGUCACAGCCACCUGGACCAAAUCAGCAUAUACACAUAACCUGUGCUCAGACACAAAUUACACAGGAAAGGUUCAAUGUGUUUACAGUGAAUAUAAUGACACUCACAGCAUCAUUUUGACAAAUGUGACAGAAGCUGAUAAACACAUCUACUACUGCAGAUUUACAACAAACUGUGGAUACAACUGUGAAUAUAAUGUAUGGAUUCCUGGUGUUCAGCUUGAUGUCACAGACCUGCAGGUGGAGACAAAUCAGAGAGUGAAAGAGGGAGAUUCAGUGACUCUUACAUGUAAAACCACCUGCAGUCUGACUGAAGAAACAACAUUCAUCUGGUACCGAUACAUAGAUAAAUUCACUAAAGGAAGAAUUACAUUGAAUCAACUUCACCUGCAGUCAGUCAGUCGUGAUGAUUUUGGAGUUUAUAGAUGUGCUGCUGCUGUAAGAGGAUCUGAAAGUCUUCUGUUCUCUCCUGGUAUUCAUCUUACAGUAUAUCAUCUUGAUCAGCCGGAUUGGGGAGUGAAUUACAGUCCUUCAUAUGUUUGUGCAGUAAGAAGUUCAACAGUGAGAAUAAACUGUACUUUAAAAUAUCCAUCUGACCGUGUGGUGAAUGAAGCCUUCUGGACCAAAGCUAUUGAACUUCAUACGGUAGAACCAAACCUGUGUGUGGACCCAAAAUACAAAAGAGGAGUUUGUCAAAGGGAAAAUCAAGACAUUCACAGCAUUACUUUAACAAAUGUAACAGAAACUGAUAAACGCAUCUACUACUGCAGAUUUAUAACAGAUAAAGAUGGUAAAUGGAGAGGAGUUCCUGGAGUUCAGCUUGAUGUCACAGACCUGCAGGUGGAGUCAAAUCAGAGAGUGAAAGAGGGAGAUUCAUUGACUCUUACAUGUAAAACCACCUGCAGUCUGACUGAAGAAACAACAUUCAUCUGGUACAGAAACAAUCAGAGAUUCACUAAAGGAAUAAAAACAUUGAAUCAACUUCACCUGCAGUCAGUCAGUCGUGAUGAUUCAGGAGUUUAUAGAUGUGCUGCUGCUGUAAGAGGAACUGAACGUCUUCUGUCCUCUCCUGAUGUUUAUCUUAGUGUUGAGUAUCCCCCUGAGAAAACUUCAGUGUCCAUCAGUGGAUCUGGUGAAAUAAUGGAGGGUGAUUCAAUGAAUCUGACCUGCAGCAGUGAAUCAAAUCCACCUGUUCAGAUCUACAGCUGGUUUAAGGAGAAUGAAACAUCAUCUGUUGGAUCUGGACAGACGUACCGCAUCACUAACAUUAACUCCAGUCACAGUGGAUGGUUUUACUGUGAGGCUCAGAAUGAAGUCGGAUCUCAGAGAUCUGCUGCUGUAUCAGUCACAGUAACAGGGGUUCAUGGUUUUGCUCUUUAUACACUUUAUGGGAUUCUGGCAGGAUGUGGAGCUUUGUUCUUCAUCAUCAUCUUCAUCAUUUUGUUUAUUAUAAAGCACAGAAGAGGUCAUACAGCAGAAGACAUCAAGCAGAAGCAGACGGUUGACUCGAGUGAUGAUACAUACACAGCUCUGAAUCCUGAGUCCAGAACAUCUGAUGACAUUUACAACACAAUCAGAUCUGAUCAGUGCAGCGCUGCUGAUGGCGUCUACACGACUCUUGAGCUUCAAUCCAGAUCUUCUAAAUAUGACUCACACUGCAAAAAAUGAUUUUUUUUAUUUUUAAAUAAAGUUAGCAUAACAUAAGUAUGUUUAACAAAGAAAUACUCUUUUAUUUUUCUACUUCAAAAUGUCACGUUUAUUUCAAUGACUUAUGUCAAUGACAUAGAAAGUGUCCAGGUUUUUUAAUGUUUUAAGAACGUUUCUGGGUUGUUUAAACGUUAGAGGAAUGUAGCAUUCUACCAUUUUCAAACGUUAUGACAAUGUCAUGUUUUAAUGCUUACACAAUUUGAUUGUUAUGUAAAUAAUAGAGAAAUAUUGAAUUUUAUUAUUUUGAAACUCUUGUAAAACAUUCUUUUUGAAUGUUCAGAAAAAAUAUUGCUGUGGAAAACACAAUUUGUUUAUUGACCUAGAAAUUGUGGUUCACUCUUUUAUAACAUCUAAGCUUGACUACUGCAAUUCGCUAUAUAUCGGUCUACCCCACACUCUGCUUGGCCACUUACAGUUAGUGCAGAAUGCAGCGGCAAGGCUUUUAACGGGGGUGAGAAAGAAAUACCAUAUUAGUCCUGUACUUCAAUCUCUACACUGGCUUUCAAACGUUUUUGACAAUGUCAUGUUUUAAUGCUCACACAAUUUGAUUGUUAUGUAAAUAAUAGAGAAAUAUUGAAUUUUAUUAUUUUGAAACUCUUGUAAAACAUUCUUUUUGAAUGUUCAGUAAAAAUAUUGCUGUGGAAAACACAAUUUGUUUAUUAGGUUUAGAUGAUGAUGUUUUCUUUCAAGUAAA